UUCUUCAUUAGUUAGUUCAAUCAGACGAAAUUCCUAGUUUUCACAGCUUUUGGUUGUUCAGAGAAGAUGACGACGAUGGCGUUAGCUCCUUCCUCAUCCUCGUUAUCAUCUUCUCAUGAACUCUAUACCUCCUCCUUGUACAAAUCAAAGCAAUUUAAUGGCAAUAAAUUUCUCCAUCAGAGCAGCCUCUGUGUCAAGAAGAACCGGAUUAGUAGUAAUAAUCGCUUCAGAGCUUCUUCUUCUGCUGAUGUUCCAGACUUUCUUUCUACUGAUUGGCUUGAGUCACGGAGGAAAAAACCUUUUGGUCCUAAAUUGAAUUUUAGUGCAGAAGACGCGGUGCAAUGCCAACUUGAUGCAUUGAAACACAAUGACCAGCCCAGGCAAGAUUAUGGAGUCGAAGUCAUGUAUAGGUUUGCGGGGUUUGAUCCGUUUGAGAGAUCGACGUAUUUUGGGCCAUUCUUCGACCUAGGACAGUUUGAACGAUUUAGGAGGAUUUUCCACCACUCUACUUAUCGAGUUCUCCUAGGCCACAAGGAAAGAGAGAUUUUGAGCAGUCUAUGGGUUGAAGAGAACCGUUUCAAACAGAGAAUUUGGAUACGAGGAGCUCGUCCAGAAGAAGAAGAGAUAUUCCAAUUUACAAUGGUUCAGAGAGUUGGUGGUUCUUGGGAUGGUUAUUGGCUGACAGAGAGCCUACUUCACGACGGAGAUGGUUUCGCCGGAGGUGUUGCUUAUUGAUUUGAUGAAAUCUUGUCAGUUACUAGGUGUUGAAGUCUUAAAGAGGUGAACCUCACAUGUAUAAAGAUAUACUGUGUAAAUGAUAUUAUAACUUGUUGGUGUAUAUGCAGUAAAACCUCAGGUACACAUUGUUUAAAAUUGGUUAUAUGAAUAAAUAACUUAAGGUUGUUUGGGUCCCUGGUGAGAUCUAGUUCUCUCUUUUGUGAAUGCUUAUGAAAUAUAAUGAUGUCUUGCACUAUGUCAUUUGAAUAGGCAGAGUUUUUCU